UGUGGACGUCAAAGCGCCGGUGCAAGUUGCUCAUUUCUAAUUUAUCUUUUUGGAAAGUGAAGAAAAAAGACGAUAGUUUAACACGUCGAGUUGUCAGAUCUGAAUGGGGCUCUUGUCCUGCUUUUUUUUCUUUUUUUUUUUAUAAUUUUAUUCCAAUAUUAUUGAGUUGAGACCUCUGUGUGUGUGUGAGAGAGAGAGAAAGAGAGAGAGAGAGGCCUCUAUAAAGAACCCGGAUCUUCCGAUUUAAAUGGAAAAAAUAGUUUACUUUCUGUAGAAAAGUUGCCAGAAAUCAAAGACACGAGCGUUCACAAACUCUCACAAGAACACACAGAGAGGGAGAGAGAGAGAGUUGCAGCAAUGGGAAGGAGCCCAUGCUGCUCAAAAGACGAAGGGUUGAACAGAGGGGCUUGGACUGCUGAUGAAGACAAGAGACUCACGGACUACAUCAAAGUUCACGGCGAAGGGAAGUGGAGGAACAUUCCCAAAAGAGCUGGUCUCAAGAGAUGUGGGAAGAGUUGCAGGCUGAGGUGGUUGAAUUAUCUGAGGCCUGACAUCAAGAGAGGCAACAUCACCAGUGAUGAAGAAGACCUCAUCAUUAGGCUUCACAGACUCUUGGGCAACCGAUGGUCUCUCAUUGCGGGAAGACUUCCAGGGCGAACAGACAAUGAAAUAAAAAACUACUGGAACUCCACCUUGGCCAAGAGGGAACAAGGAGAGAAGAAGCCAAGCCUCUCCACAACUGAGAAGAUCAACCCGAUGGCCACCUCCUCAAUAAUGCAGGACGAGACUCAGAACCUGGUGCUAGUUGGAGACUCCACGCUCCACCACAUGGAACAGCCAUCGGGGACCAGUGAGGCGGCAAAGAGCGGGCAAUCGUCAGAGUACGAAUCAAGCGACGUCUCAUCGCCGGCUUCCAUGUCCAGGGAAGAGCCCAACUUGGAGCCGCUCAUGGUGGACUGCACUGUCGGGGAGUUGGACCUCGUGGAGAUUCUUGACGCUUCUGAUUUUAGGCUCAACGAGUCUGGAAAUACUUCUCAAGUGAUGAACACAGUUGAUAAUGAGGGUAUGAGCAAGAACGAAAAUGUCGGAGGUACUUCCUAUGGACAGGCACAUAACUGGUGGAGUGAAGGAUUGGAGAUGGAUAAUUGGGUCUCCGACCUCGCCGAGAUGACCUCGGGUUUGGGACCUUUCGCUUCGAUCCUAUACGGCACCGAAGAUUGGAUCCCGUAGAUUGAACGCUGCUUAUUUUGAGAAUAAUUUGAAGUUCCUGCAAAAGGGUUCUUCUGGAAGUGCGCACCGAUCCAAAGUAUAUGUGACCUUAACCGUCGAAAUAAUCUUUGAGCUAUUGUCAGUGUGGAGUGAUCACUUAGAUCAUGUGGAUGGCAACGUUCUUGAUUCUGUCCACAUAUUAAGACUUGCUAUUAUCAGUAUGCAUCUGUAAUCUAUGUACUUGUAUAUCGCACGUGUUUUUUUACGGUUGACUGGGCUUUUAUGA